AAUCUGUAGGCUCGGCUGAGUCCGUUGGUUGAAUUUCUAGUUCCCGAGUAAACCGUUACGAAGAAGCGCGUUUAUUGCUGUCCCCCCAAAACUCCGUCUCGCCGUCUCCGCCGUCUCCGUGGAUAUUUUCCUACUCUUCUAUUCUUCUAUUUUACGACUUUACUAUGUUGUCUGUUGUCUGUUGGUUUGCCACGAUCACAGCUUUCAAUUGCGCACGUUCUCCCUCUUUUCUCUUAUUUUCAUGCUCCACUUUUUUUUUACAAUAGUGAGUAAAUAGUACACAUCGUAUGUUCAAACUGUCACCAAUUUCUAUAGCAUUGAAAAUAUUUUUGAUUUUUUAGUUGAAAACGGUGAAAAAGCUUCCCCAAAUCGGAGUUUGUUGUGUCGUGACAUGUAGAGUAACAAUUAGCGAUUCUUUCAAAAUGUGAGUGUCAAUUUUUCGAUCCAAUGGCAAAGUGACAGUUGGACCAACAAUAAUAUUUGUUAUAUUACGAACUUUCCGGCGAUCAUCGCACCUAACAAUAUACUCGUGAAUCAAUUUUUUUUUCGGAAUCCGUGUUGUCGUCAGUGUUUUAAAAAAAUGGCUGAUGCAAUGAAUAACGAUGAGUCGAACAAGAACAGUAACAAUGUGGAUGAUAGGCAAGAUAACAAUGUAAAAAAUGUAUGUACAGCUGAGGAACGAUCAGAAUAUUUUAAUAAAUUGGAAAAAUGGCUGCAAGAGGCCUACGCAUGGCAAAGCGUUGCUGCAAUGUUUCCUUAUCACAUUCUUUCUGGACAAAUAUUCAAUCAGCCCGGUGCUCAUCCAUUCAUCACUCCUUUAACGGUGAACGUCAAUAGCACACCCGAAACAAACAGCACAAAUACUCCAGCAGGUACGCCAGAAUGGCAAAGACUCGGGCCGCUGAGACAGAGGCCGACUCAAGAACCCAGGACACCGCUCCAACCACCCAGAGCUGAAGGAUACGAAUAUCGUAUACCACCGAUUUGGAAACGUUUCGUCGCUGAAUUCAUCGACUCGAUUAUUUUACUGAUGUUCAAAUUUAUGAUUACCUUUUUCACACUCGACCUCUUUGCCUCUUUAAGUUUGGAACCUUAUCCUCUCGAUUUGUUACAAUCGAAUCUUCAUAUUGACUAUAAAAUGGCAGUUGAGGUCGCGUCGAGAGUACUCAUAUGGGAAAUUAUGCAUCGUGUGAUCGUUUGCGCUUACGAGGCUUUCUGGCUUCGAUAUGGUAUGAAUGGUACGAUCGGUGGUGCAAGUCCUGGAAAAUUUGCAAUGGGUUUGAUAGUGGUCCAAUGUCGAAGCAUAACCCCGGUUGAGGGAGCUGAGAACAACGAUUUGGUUUUUGUGUCGCCAGGAACAGAUUUGGGAUUUCCACUAGCGUUGGGAAGAUCGGUUGUUAAAAAUCUCAUAAUGACGUUUCUUUUUCCUAUAUGUUUUGCACUCUUUUUCUUCCGGUUCAAUCGAACGGGUUACGAUUUAGCGUGCAAUUCGAUCGUCGUUGAAGAUCCUCUGAGAGACGGAAAUGUUCGAUUUCGACGACAGUGAGAACUUACCAAAGAUAAAUACAGAGAAUCGUCAACAAUUAAUAAAAUUGAGGAACGAAACAACAAAAUACUUGUUCGAAUCAAUGAUUUUGCUGUUAAUAAAACGAAUAUAUGUAUUAUAAGCUCAAAAGUAAUGUAUAAAAUGAUAACAAAGAGUAUCAAAAUAUUUAAAUCAAUAAAAAAAAUAUGAUUUAUCGA